AUGGAUUUAAUUAAUAUUAAUGAAAAUAAUAUGAUGGCAGGACAACCUGAUAACCUUAGCAUGAAAGUAACAAUAGAAUUUCCGCGGGAACUAACCCAGCAGCAGAGAGAUCUCAAAAAUGAUCUUCUAACGAUCUUUGCAAGUGCAAAUGACUUGCAGAGAAAGAUUUCCGAUGCAACCGACAAAAUGCUUAUGAGUACAGAAGUCUGGAAAGAGCUGAUCACUCUGAAUUUCUCAGAAGAAGCAAGGAAAAGGAAAGUAGCACACUUUUUGGCUACAAACUGGAUAAAGGAGCAAAAUGAUGACCUUAUACAUAUUGUAGGUAUGCUAAAGAGCAAAAAUUGCCAGCUGACAGAGAAAGAGCUGAAUCCAAAGCGUACAGAAGAAAGAUUAGACCUCUUCCUGAAAGAAGUUGGCAGAGGUAUAGCACACUGGAUAGAAGUAGAAUUUGCAAUAGAUCUAAUAGUUGACAGAGACUAUAAAGAUACGCAACCCACAGGUAAUUCAUUACGGAUGACAACCCAGGAGAGAAACUAUACAAAGGCUCUGCACCAAGCAUAUAGAAUGAUAAUCAAUGAAAGCAAUAUGAUAAAAGACAAAAAUUCAAACAUGCACCACUAUAUGAAAAGUAUUCUGGAGGAAUACUAUCAUCGGAUAUGUAAUGUGAUUAGACUAGACGAGAAAGAUGUAGAAGUACAGCCAGUUGAUAAAAUAUUCAUGCAUAGCCCAGAUGCAGUUAAUAUUGAGGAUAUACUGCGAAGUAUAGAGAGUAAGUUUGCAAUGGAGAUGGAAAAACCCCAGCAUGAUACACGUGCUUCAGUUAUCGCAUUACUAAGUGAUUUGAAGACUAUUUUGCAAAACUGGGAUGACAUUGUGAAGGCGGAGGAGACUGUAAGAAAACUUUUCUACAGUGAAAAACUAGAGAACUUAGUAUACAAUUUGAAUGGAAGAGAUGGGGAUACUUUGAAAGAAUUCAACAAGAAGCUAGACAAGUAUAUAAGCCAACAUAUAAAACGAAAAGACACUGAUGUGUUAAAAGCACAUGCGAAGAUACAUGGGAAACAAAGUAAAACAGAGUAUCUUCUUAAGAUAUACCAUAACUUGAUAAAUCUUAUCAAAAAUAACGGUGAUAUUAUCAAGAAGGCAAAAAAGAUAGAGUUUUCUACAGAUAUUGAUGAGUGUCUGGACAGAGAUGAAUUAUAUAAGAUUUAUUCUUAUCAAGCAGAAAGCCAUGUGCAGCCAUUCAGUAGAGAGCAGAAGAGUGCAGUAAAUAACUACGGUAUUGGGUCAAAGAGAAUGCUUUUUUCAUCUUUAGACAGGUUAAUUUCAUUAUUUUGGUCAAGAUGCACACCCGAUGUAGUCUAUGAUAGCACUGCACUCCAGGAAAACACAGAAGACCCACAUUUAACUAACAGUAAUUUAUUAACUAGUGCUGUGAAUAUUUCAAACCAUACGGAGACAUCCAGCAUGUUAAAUGAAUUUAAGCCAGUGCUGCCACAAAACUUCUCUGAGAAAGUGAAUUCAGUAGGUAUUUUUCUCUCUGAACAGACAUCUGAAAAUACUGAAGAGGAUUUGCACAGUAUGAUUACUGUGGAAAGUAUUUUAUCCACUGAAAAUAGCUCAGAACGAACUAACUUUCUUCCUUCAAGAGAGCGAUAUAGGGACCUUUCAAACGAGAUAGAUAGUUUAAUAGACACAGAAACUGAAGAGAUUUCUCUGAAAAGAAUAUAUACUGUGGUAUUUUAUGUAGUUAAUUCUCUUCUACUAGGGAUAUCAAUAUACUCUACCAUUCUAGGAAGCAUGUUAAUAGCACACAUGUUUGGGUCAUUAGAGAAAAUAUCCGUUAUAUAUCUAUUAUGUGUACUUUUAGCCUGCCUAUCUGGAGGACAUGUAGCUUUAGAUAUUCUAUACCUUUUGGCAUCAAUCAUUAGAGAUAUACGCGCAAAAAAACACAGAAUCAAUACUAUUCUCACUGUAGGGCUUCUAUUUUUCGCUAGCAUAGCCAUCGGAUGUGGCCUAGUCUUCCCUUUUCUAUUCAAUCUAGACAAAAUAGACUCAUAUUUUUCUUGGCUGGGUCUCUCUCUUCUUGCAGCAGUUAUAUUUAUGAUAUACUCAAUGUGUAGCAAAGAAGAAAUAUUGAAGGAAAUGCAUAGAAUAAGAGAAAGAUCUGCAGUAAAUCGCAAAAUACCAGAUAUUAUUUUAUAUGCUGUAGUAAUGGUCAUAGCAAUCACAUUAGUACAUGCAGUUCAGAUAGUAUUACUAAAUGAUUUGCCUUCUUUAUUCAAUAGACUUUGGCAAGAAUAA